AAGGUGGCCUCCCCAGAACUACAAGAAGCUGUUGAAGAGGUGUUACCAAGCCUGAAAAAAGAUGGUGUGUCUGUCUACUAUGUGAGCCGGACUUCCCUCACAGAUGGUGUGAGCUCUUUACUAGACAAGGUCGAUGAGGCAUCAGCUGACCCCAUCCCAGAGUCCUGGCGCUCGGAAGUCACUUUUUCUACUCCUGCUGUCUACAUUUAUACAUCUGGAACCACAGGGCUCCCAAAGGCUGCCACCAUCAAUCACCAUCGCCUGUGGUACGCGACCGGCCUGUCCUUGGCAAGCGGAAUCAGGGCGGACGACGUCAUCUAUACCACCCUGCCGCUGUACCACAGCGCGGCACUGAUGAUUGGCCUGCACGGAUGCAUCGUCAACGGUGCUACGAUUGCUUUGAGGAGCAAAUUUUCUGCCAGCCAGUUUUGGGAUGACUGUAGAAAAUACAACGUCACUGUCAUUCAGUACAUUGGUGAACUGCUCCGGUAUUUAUGCAAUACACCUCCGAAACCAAAUGAUCGGGACCACAAAGUGCGAGUCGCCCUGGGAAAUGGCUUGCGCGGAGACGUGUGGAGAGAGUUUCUCAAACGAUUUGGGGACAUACACAUUUAUGAGUUCUACGCUUCCACCGAAGGCAAUAUCGGCUUUCUGAAUUACCCCAGAAAAAUCGGGGCUGUCGGGAGAUCGAACUACCUUCAAAGAAAAGUCGUAACUUACGAGCUGAUUAAAUAUGAUGUAGAGAAGGAGGAACCUGUCCGCGAUGCAAAUGGAUAUUGUAUCAAAGUUCCUAAAGGUGAAGUUGGACUCCUGAUUUGUAAAAUCACCGAACUUACACCAUUUAAUGGUUAUGCUGGUGGAGAGACUCAAACAGAGAAGAAAAAACUGAGAGAUGUCUUUAAGAAGGGAGAUGUCUAUUUUAACAGUGGAGAUCUCUUAAUGAUUGAUCGUGAAAACUUUGUGUAUUUCCACGACAGAGUUGGAGAUACAUUCCGGUGGAAAGGGGAAAACGUGGCUACCACAGAAGUUGCUGACAUAAUAGGACUGAUUGAUUUUGUCGAGGAAGUCAAUGUGUAUGGGGUACAUGUGCCAGAUCAUGAGGGUCGCAUUGGCAUGGCAUCCAUCAAGGUGAAGGAGAACCACGAAUUCAAUGGAAAGAAGGUCUUCCAGCACAUCGCUGAUUAUCUACCCAGUUAUGCCAGGCCUCGCUUUCUGAGAAUACAGGACGCCAUUGAGAUCACCGGAACUUUUAAACAUCGCAAAGUGACCCUCGUGGAGGAAGGCUUCAACCCUGCGCUCAUCAAAGACCCCUUGUACUUCUUAGAUGACAGAGCAAAAGACUAUGUGCCAAUGACGGAGGACAUUUAUAACGCCAUCAGCACUAAAGCUCUGAAACUCUGACCCUUCCCAAGAGGAUAACUGAGAAAUUUCCAGAAAUGAAGCUGAAUGGAUCUAGUACAGCCACUUGACUUAAUCCAACGUUAAUUUAAUAGAAGAUUAUAUGGUGCCUUUUUUAAGGAAAUUACAUGUAAAGGGGGGGGGAACGAAUUUUUUUAAGUUACACCAGAACUUUUGUGAGCAAAGAGAUUUAGAGAUCAUUUUUUUUUUCAAUGUGCACCUUCCAUUUGUAUUUGCAAACUAAGCUUGUUGGGAGAGAGGGACCUUAUUUUUUUAAACAUGUUUAAAAAAAAAUAGACGAACACCAACCCAGAAAAUAGUACCAUCUUUU